AUGUGCUUUUACCACGCCUACUCGCACCAGUGCGGACACACACAGAUGGUGUUCCAGCAACCAUGUGCCAAAGGGCAAAUGACACAGCAAAAGUGUAGCAGAGGGCGCGAGGGCGUGAUCCUGGCGACGGUCAAGGUGGAGACGCCGUGCAGUACAUGUCCGGGCAAG